UGCACAUCUACCCCUCCUUUUAAAAAUGUGAUAGAAAUAUCAACCCGGAGAAUACUUGGAUACGGUGGUGUUAUAAAGUAAUUGGAAUUUCGCCGGAAAAACAAAACUCCGGUACCGGAAUGAAGAGGUGUGAGCUGUGCAGCCACUUUGCUCAGAUGUACUGCCAAUCCGAUAACGCUAGCCUCUGUUACGACUGCGAUCAAAACGUUCACUCGGCCAAUUUUCUAGUAGCCAAACACUCCCGAACUCUCCUCUGCCAUAAAUGUCAAUCUCCGACUCCCUGGAACGCUUCCGGCGUCAAUCUCGGUCGCACAGCCUCCGUAUGUGUUAACUGUCUUGACGAACAUCCAUCUCAACGGCGAGUGUUGCAGGAAGGUGAUACUAAUCUCCGUGGAAACGAUGUCGUAGAGGAGAAUUGUGAUGUACAUGAUGAGGAUGAAGACGGAGAUACAGACGACGACGAUACAGAAUCAAGCGAUGAGAGUGAAGAUGAGGAUGAGGAUGAAGAUGAAGAUGCAGAGAAUCAGGUGGUUCCGUUGUCGUCAGCCGCGUCGCCACCUGCCACCGGUUCUUCGAGCAGUGAGGAAUUUUCUUCAAGUAGACUCUCAUCUGAUGGUUUUAGAUCCGCAUCUAAACGAGAACGCCUGGAUCCUUGUAUCGAUUCUGAGGACGAUACACCAUGUUCAUCGGAAAAAUCCAGCAGUAAAAGGAGGACGGAGAUUGAUGAUGCUAUUGCAUUAGGAUAUUUCAGGCCAUCAAAUAGAAUCGAAGAUCGUGGUGAAGCAUGUGAUUGCCUGAUUGAAUCUUCUUCUAUUGAUUCAAUUCAAGUUGAACAAAUCUCCAGUUUCACCAGCGCUCUUAAAUUUCUUACACUGCUUUCUUCGUACACAGUUUCAAGAAGAGGCCACUGGUUCUUAUACCCAACAAGUUGGUCAAGUAUAAAACGAUGGAAUCACCAGCUAAUUUGCAAGAUUGAAUUGAACUGUGAAUCUGCAUAAAUGGAUUUUAUUUCACUAUGAAUGAUCUUGGAGCUCAAAGCUGGAAAAUGCCUCUGAAUUAUUGAUCUUGAAGAAAGAAAGCUUAGAGGUGUAUGAACUUGAUCACCUUCUUUCAUUUUAACUACAAUGGAGUAAUACAGAACAAUUUUGAAGUCAAUGUAUGAAGCUCUAUGAUUCUAUAAUUUCUUUGAUCUAUAGUAUUGUUACUGUAUUGUUCACUGUUCUUCAAAAUACAUUAUCGUCUAUGAUUUGUUGUAUAUGGAGGAUAAUUGAAGUAGAGUACGAAUGUUUGAUAAAACUGUAUCAUUUGGUGCUUAAUGAGAAUGUUUGAUAAAACUGUAUCAUUUGGUGCUUAAUGAUUAU